AGAUAUACAAGUACAUGAGGAAUCUCAAAAACCAUCAGAGGUUCGAGUGCAACUUGGAGCCCAAGUUUCCUUGUUCUGUGUGCAGCUACAGGGCCAAGCGGAAAGGGACUCUGAAGAGACAUUUCUUGAAGCUCCAUCCUGACCAUGAACACCCUGCCUAAUGGUGCUGUAUGGGAGUGUGGGGCUUGCAGCAAAAAGUACAAGUACAAAUACAAUUUGACACAACAUCAGAAACUGGAGUGCGGCAAAACGCCGCAGUUCUCCUGCCAUUUGUGUGACUACAAGGCCAAGUGGAAGAGUAACCUGAAGAGUCAUUACGUGUACCGCCACAACGACCAACCGUUUCCCUUCAAGACGCGGUCCACCUGUGACGCAAUGAGUAGUAACAAUGGGCAGUCAACUCUUUAGGGGUUGUCCAAACAGCGGCUAUCUUGAGAAACAUUAUCAAAUCCUCUCUUUAAAAACUAUUUAUGCAAACUCAUUGACGAAAGAGCUGAAAACCAAAACUUAAAAAUGUUACAAUGAUAAGUCUAGAUUUGUAUAUUUUAUGCCUUAUGUAUUUAUGAUUAUGUAUGCUUUAUUUAUACUUUAUUUGCAUACACUACAAGCAUUGUUGGUGCCACAAACCAUUAUGUUUGAUCAAUGGCAGAGUUCAAAAUGUCUUCCUAACCAGGGGACACCACUGUAAGGUAUAGAGACCCACCUAAAAUUGAUCAUUUAUGAUUUGGGUGAGAAUUGACACUGAAUAAAAUCAGGCAUUUGUAAUUUUUAUCUUGCCUAACUUAACUGAGUAUUAUUAGUUCACCAAAACCGAAAGGUGCUCUAUGUAUUUUACUACUUUUUACUGGCCAUUUUACUAUUUACCGUAACGUUACCACUAAAAACUCGGUUAAGCUUUGGAUUUUUGUGUCUAAUGGUAAAGUAAAAUAUUGUAAACUAAGUAGUUAAAUCAAAUUAUAAUUCCUUAAGCUCUAAGGGUUAUAUUGACAUUCUAAAAGCCAGUGUAAAUUUGUUUAUGAGUUUACAGACCAGAAAUUGACAUCCCUCCCUCUGAGCAUAUUAUUACAAUUCAUUACUUAAGUAGUAGUUCUUUACUCCAGUUUACUAUGGUUUUCUCUUUGUGUUUGGAUUUGACCUAAUUAAACAUUUAAAUAUUGUUAUUAUUUUUGUUGGUUGUAUUCAGUUAUUUCAAUAAAAAUAUAUAGUAUAGCUGCAGUGUUAAAACAUUUUUAUCAGGUAACUCAGAACAAAUUAGUUUGGACAUAUAUUUACUUUUAAUACCAUUUUUAGACAUUUUGCUGCCCGAGAAUCCUCUGUUAAUACAUGAUUAAUACAAUCAAUCAAUACUU